AUGCCCGUGAGUAUUCGUCAUGGGAAGCGUGCGGGAGAUUGGCCUGUGGCUAUUGUGAGGGCGAAAGCUGUUGUGGCAAAUAUGUCCGUAGUGGAUAAAGUUGCACUUGCUACUGGGAUAGGUUGGAAAAAUGGUCCUUGCGUUGGUAAUACACCCGCUGUCCCAUCCAUCAAUUAUCCAGGUCUUUGCUUGCAAGAUUCUCCAACUGGAGUUCGCUUUGCCGAUCUCGUUAGCGUCUUUCCUGCGGGAAUCAAUAUUGCAGCAACGUUUAAUCGGACUAUGAUGCGGGCUCGUGGCCUUGCGAUGGGCGUCGAGUUCAAGGGGAAGGGUGUGAAUGUUGCCUUGGGUCCUGAUAUCAACAUCGUUCGGUCUCCUCGUGCGGGGAGGAACUGGGAGACGUUCGGAGCUGAUCCGUACCUCAGUGGGGAAGCCAGCUUCGAGACUGUUACGGGAUUGCAGGCUAAUGGACUUCAAGCCUGCGUGAAGCAUUAUAUUAAUAAUGAACAGGAGACGAAUCGCUCGUCGUCAUCCUCUAACGUUGAUGAUCGAACUACGCAUGAAAUCUACCUCCACCCCUUUCUCAAAGCCGUUCAAGCCGGUGUGGUUGCAUUCAUGUGUUCAUAUAACCGAGUGAAUGGAACCUACUCCUGCGAAAAUGAGCAUGUACUCAACGACCUGCUCAAAGGGGAGCUUGGGUUUCAAGGGUAUGUCAUGACGGAUUGGUGGGCGAGUUUAGAUACAUUUGGGACUCUUGCCGCGAACAAAGGACUCGAUAUGGUUAUGCCAGGCGAAGCUUCUCCCAGUGCAAACCACUCCUACUUCGGGCCCGCACUGGUGAACGCAGUCAAGACAGGGCAGGUACCCACCUCCCGUCUCGAUGAUAUGGCAACUCGUAUACUAGCAGCAUACUACGUACAAGGACAAGACGGCAAUGAUUAUCCCAGCGUGAAUUUUGAUAGUUGGACUUCAUCGAGGGGAAAGCAUGUGGAUGUUCAGAGUGACCAUAAGAAGCUGAUUAGGAGCAUUGGGGCUGCUAGCACCGUGCUGUUGAAGAAUGCUGGAAGUCAAUUGCCAUUGGGGGAUAACGUAAGGAGUGUUGCGGUUGUUGGGAGUGAUGCGGGGCCUAAUCCAAAAGGACCAAACAGUUGUCCAGGACGUGGUUGCGAUGUUGGCAUUCUGGCUGUUGGAUGGGGAAGCGGUACCGCCAACUUCCCAUACCUCGUCGACCCACUCUCUGCUAUAACGGCAAAAGCAAACUCGAUCAACGCCACCGUGUUUUCGAGCCUAAACGAUACUGAUCUGGGUGCAGCGAAGAAUGUUUCAUCCGGGAAGGAUGUGGCAUUCGUGUUCAUUACCGCUGAUUCGGGUGAAGGAUAUAUUACCGUUGAAGGGAAUCCGGGCGACAGGAAUGAUUUGAAUGCAUGGCAUAGUGGGGAUGAGCUUGUGAAGGCCGUUGCGGGGGUGAAUAAGAACACGGUCGUGGUCAUUCAUGCCGUUGGGGCGAUUAUCAUGGAAGCAUGGAUCGAUCAUCCGAAUGUCACCGGGGUCAUCUAUGCUGGACUUCAGGGUCAGGAGGCUGGGAACUCCCUUGUCGACAUCUUGUGGGGGGAUAUUAACCCCUCAGGUCGGCUACCGUACACGAUCGCGAAGUCUCCAUCUGAUCACAGUGCCGAUAUCUCCAAUGGGUAUAACGUUGAUUACACUGAGGGUUUGUAUAUCGAUUAUCGAUGGUUUGACAAGAGUAACAUUGCGCCACGGUUCGAGUUCGGAUACGGACUCAGCUAUACUUCGUUCUCUUAUUCCGCUCUAGCGAUCGUAUACUUGGGUGGGGGUUUGGGUAACGAACCUCAGGCUCCCACUGGCCCUGGAUCAUCCUUAUCUUCGUGGUUGCAUGACGAUUGGAUGACAGUUACAUUCGAGCUCACUAACACUGGAUCUGUGGACGGUGUUGAGAUUCCUCAGUUAUACAUCGUCCCCCCGCCUUCGGCGAAUUCACCUCCUAAACAACUCCGCAACUUUGACAGUGUCUUCCUCCAAAAAGGUGAAUCAAGCCUUGCCAAGAUGUAUUUAAGUCGGUAUAGUUUUGCCGUUUGGAAAAGCAUUGAGCAUCGGUGGGAGGUUCCAAGGGGAAAGUAUGGUGUCUGGGUUGGAGCUAGUAGUAGGGAUAGGCGACUCUAUGGAGAGAUUGAUGUCUGAGGAUCAUUGGUGGAGUGGGCC